GCCCUGCCUCCGCGUCCUCCCCGCGCCGCCUCCGCCGGACCUGGGCGCUGCGCUGCGGAGGGCCGGCGCGGCGAUGAUGAACAGGUUCCGAAAGUGGCUCUACAAACCUAAGAGGUCCGACCCGCAGCUGCUGGCCCAGUUCUACUAUGCCGAUGAGGAGCUGAACCAAGUGGCCGCGGAGCUGGACAGCCUGGACGGGCGGAAGGACCCCCAGCGCUGCACGCUUCUCGUCAGCCAGUUCCGCUCCUGCCAGGACAACGUGUUAAACAUCAUCAACCAGAUCAUGGACGAGUGCAUCCCUCAGGACCGUGCCCCCCGGGACUUCUGCGUCAAGUUCCCCGAGGAGAUCCGGCACGACAACCUGGCUGGCCAGCUGUGGUUCGGUGCUGAGUGCCUGGCCGCCGGCUCCAUCAUCAUGAACCGGGAGCUGGAGAGCAUGGCCAUGCGGCCGCUGGCCAAGGAGCUGACCCGCAGCCUGGAGGACGUGCGGGGUGCCCUCCGCGACCAGGCGCUGCGUGACCUCAGCACCUACACAGAGAAGAUGCGGGAGGCGCUGAGGCACUUUGACGUCCUGUUUGCCGAGUUCGAGCUCAGCUACGUCUCGGCCAUGGUGCCCGUGAAGUCCCCCAGGGAGUACUACGUGCAGCAGGAGGUCAUCGUGCUGUUCUGCGAGACCGUGGAGAGGGCCCUGGACUGCGGGUACCUCACCCAGGACAUGAUCGACGACUACGAGCCAGCGCUCAUGUUCACCAUCCCCCGGCUGGCCAUCGUGUGUGGCCUUGUGGUCUACGCAGAUGGACCCCUGAACCUGGAGCGCAAGGUGGAGGACAUGUCCGAGCUUUUCCGGCCCUUCCACACGUUGCUUCGAAAAAUCAGGGAUCUGCUGCAGGCGCUGACCGAGGAGGAGCUGCACACGCUAGAGCGGAGCCUCUGUGUCUCCCAGGAGGUGGAGCUGCCCAUCCACACUGAUGCCCAGGUGCCCUCUGCCCUGGCACCCGCCUUUCCCACGCCACUGCCCCCCAAGGAGCCGCUGUCCACCAAGCCCACAGAUCCGGAGGCGGAGCUGGCCUGCUCCAUGCAGUACGAUGACCAGGAGUUGGAGGAGCUCAGCCGCAUGGUGCACAGGGCUGGGGACGAGAUGUCGUCUCUACUCUCACCGCCCAGUGCCUGCCAGUCCCCUGCGCACAGACGGGAGGCCGAGGGCAGCCCCCGCGGGGAGCCCUCCCCAGGCAGAGCGCGGCUGAAGUCGGGCGGUGAUGAGGAGGAACGGGUGUUCUUCAUGGAGGAUGUGGAGGUGGCGGCAGAGACACCUGCUAAGUCUGAGCCCCUGGGCGGCCCAUUUGCCUGGGAAGGCAGUGCCCAGGAAAGAGGGCAGGGUGGGCAGCACAGCGAGGUGCAGGUUGCGGCCGCCAGGGCGAAGGAGGAGGACCGGAGCAACAACAACACGGAGGAUGGCCAGGUGCGGGCGGCUGGAGCCCUGGGAUCCACUUGCAGCUGCCUGGACUCGCAGCUGUACCUGGAUGGCUGGGAGGUGAGCGCGGAGGAUGCGGAGACUGCCGAGUUGAUUGCCCACCGGACAGGGGGCAUGAAGCUCUCGGCCACCGUCAUCUUCAACCCCAAGUCACCCUCCUCCCCAGACUCUUCUGUGGCCUCCCAAGACUCCCCAGGCCUCAGCGUUUCCCCUCCAGAACCUGGGGCCGAGGGGCCGGGGCAGGGCUCCCACAAACUCAGCACCGCAGCCACCAACUGCCUGCUGCACUCCUGCGUGUGCUGCGGGAGCUGCGGGGACGGCAGGGAGGACGCCGCGGAGCGCCUGCGGGAGAAGUGCAGCCCGGGAGGCGUUGUCAGUGUCUCCCACCCUGCUGCGGGUUUGGCCAAGGCUGAAGACAAGGCCGAGGCUGCCCUGCCCACAGACGAUGCCUUUUCGUCCAGCAAGUGCCUGCCAUCCACCUCAGGACCCCCGGGGGACGCAGCAGACGGGACCCAGGGAGAGGGUGAGGGCCCCCGCCAGCAGGAGGAGCCCGAGGCCCAGGAGCCAGACCUCAGGAGGCCCAGCGCAGCCAGCAGUGGUGACAGCCCACAGAGAGAUGCCGUCCAGGAUGUGCCACUGCUGCCACUGGGCCCCAGCGGCUCCAUGUUGGUUUCCUGCGUCAUAGACAAGACUGGGCCAGAGGUGGCCCCUGCAGCCACGCCUGUCACCCCCAUGGCCACGAGAGAGAAGAUCCGGUCCAGGUUCCACGGCAGCCACGACCUGAUCCACCGGCUGUUUGUCUGCAUCUCAGGGGUGGCCGACCAGCUGCAGACGAACUAUGCAAGUGACCUGAGGAGUAUUCUCAAAACGCUGUUUGAAGUCAUGGCCACAAAGCCAGAAACAGAUGACAAUGAGAAGCUGAAGAAGGUCACCCAGAGCCUUCGGAGUGCAGCCUUGGAGGACUGUGCACUGUGCCAGGAGACCCUGUCGUCCUCUGAGCUUGCAGCCAAGACCCGUGACGGAGACUUCGAAGACCCCCCCGAGUGGGUGCCGGACGAGGCCUGCGGCUUCUGCACCGCAUGCAAGGCGCCCUUCACCGUCAUCCGCAGGAAGCACCACUGCCGCAGCUGUGGGAAGAUCUUCUGCUCCCGCUGCUCCUCACACUCAGCACCGCUGCCCCGCUACGGACAGGUGAAGCCCGUGCGUGUGUGCACACACUGCUACAUGUUCCACGUCACACCCUUCUACAGCGACAAGGCAGGCAUAUGACAUGUGGCGAGUGCUCCCGGAGCUACCGUGGCUCCCGGGAAGGCGGUGCGGUGCUGCAGGAAGGCCUGCUGCAGCUCUUCAAGCUGCCUCCCUGCUCCCACCUGCAGGGACCCCAGACCAGACGCGGAGUGGACAGAGCUCAGCCUCCCUGACUGCCUGGCCUCGUAGCUCUUCCCAGGCAGGGCGCCUGGCUGAGCAGGGCUGGGCUCUUCUGUCGUCCAUCAGAGCUCUGUUCUGCUGUGUGUGCUGAGGCAGGAGAGCAGCCACUCUGUGCAGCCUCAUCUGUGGCAGAGAAUCUGCAGGGGGCUCUGGAGCCCAGUGCUGUGGCUCCCUGCGUGCUUAGCGCCCACCGCACUCCCCAGUGCCCACUGCCCACCUCAGGACCCUGCUUAAAAACGCACGUCUCAUUUCUUCUGGGAGGGGAAUGCAGGAAGCAGACCCAGCGGUUGCCCGGGCGAGUGGACGUGCCCCUGGCAUCCGCACCAUCGCCCACCAGGCCCAGACACUUGGCAGACAUUUCUCGGGUUCCUGGUCCUGGGCUUAGGGGCCUGCUUGGCCGGCAUGACCCUUCCCUGUGUCCUCGGGCAGCAGGGGCCCGGGCUGGCUGCCGCGUGGCUCUGGCACAGACACCUCCUCAGGCUUCAAUCUCAGGCUUCACAUUGCAAUGACGAUUGCAGUUUUAUUUUUAGAGAGAUGACACACCUAUUGCUUCUUUUAUAGGAUGAAAUCCAAUUACUGUUUAGCAGUAGAACACAUGUACACAAAGACGGCCUCUGUGGGAGGAGAGAGUAUAUAAUGGAGGAAAUAUGUAUUGAGAUUAUUUUUAUUUUCUAAAUGCUAUUAUUCAAAAUCAUUUCCAUAAAUCUGUUUAAGGAUUGCAA